GCAGUUUCGUUCUCCAACACUCUCUCUCCCUCCAUCUCUCCAAGUGCUGUAGGAAUACCGAGCUCAGACAAAGAAAGCUCCAGAGAACAGAGGAGAGGAAGUAAAAGAGUGCACGUUGAGGGACAGAAAAAGCGUUUUAAAGAGAAAGACGGGUGCAGACUUUCAGUCCACGGUGUGGGAAGAGACUGAGAGAGAGAGAGAAACAGUGUCGCCAUUUCAAAAAUGAGUUUUGAGGAACAGUUUUGAGGGACGCGCUGCAGAAGAUUCAGCCUUAUCGCACAACACAGGAGGAGCUCACCUGUCCCACACACCUGUCCCACCAUCAACCAGUAAAUCUCAGAUGGAGGUGGAUGCGGCCGAGAAACGUCAUCGAACACGAUCUAAAGUUGCCGUGGAGGUCGCACAGGAACUGUUUAGCUGUCCCACACCAGGGUGUGAUGGUAGUGGACAUGUCAGUGGCAAAUACGCCAGACACAGGAGUGUUUAUGGAUGCCCCUUGGCUAAGAAAAGGAAAACCCAAGAGAAACCUCCACAGGAGCCAGCUUCCAAACGCCGUCCAUUUCUAACCAUGGCUGAUGGAGAGCUCUCCAUGUACGAAAGCUAUGCGCCGGACACCAUGGAGGAAGGAGAUGAGAGGGAACAGGAAGAAAUAGAGGAAGUGGAAGAGGAGGAAGGAGAAGAGGAGGGGGAUGAUGAAGAAGAGGAGUGCUCGGAUGACAAUGAGGAACCAGGAGAUGAAGAGGAGGAUGAGGAAGAGGAAGGAGAAGUGGAGAGAGAAGAGGUUGAGCAGAUGGAGGAAGAGGUAGAAGAGGAUGAGGAGGUGGUGGAGGAGGAUGGAGAUGAUGAAGAGCAGGAUGAAGAGGAGGAGCAGGAAGAGGAGGAAUAUGAAGAUGAGCAUGAGGAAGAGGAAUACUAUGAAAAUCUGCUUCAUCAGCAAGAGGACAAUUAUUCUAGUGGUGGACAAUCAAAAUCCAAUCGAAUCCAUGAGAAGGACAACAACAAUAACAACAACCUGAACAGUGAGGAGUAUGAGAAUUACGACGAACUGGUGGCCAAAUCCCUGCUGAAUCUCGGCAAAAUUGCAGAGGACGCCGCCUACCAGGCCAUGACAGAGUCGGAGAUGAACAGCAACUCCUCCAACAGUGCAGGUGAGGACGAUGAUGAGGACGAAUAUGACGGGAGCGAACAAGGAGGUCAAAAGGGAGAGCUGAGUGUCGACCUGGAUAGUGAUGUGGUGCGUGAGACGGUGGACUCCCUGAAGCUACUUGCUCAGGGCCACGGGGCGGUGCUACCCGACGAGGGGUACCCGGACGCCAUGUCCGGGGAUGCUUGUGCAGCUGGCCACGCUAACGGUAGGGGGCGGGCGGAGGAGAGCGAGGAGGAGGUGUGCCUCAGCAGUCUUGAGUGUUUGCGAAACCAAUGCUUUGACUUGGCCCGCAAGCUGAGCGAGACCCACACGCCCGAGCGACCCAUGAUGGAGCAGCACCAUGUCGAGCAUCAACAUCAUCAACCUCUGCAUCACAUGCCCAGGUAUGACAGCUGCCAGUUGGACCAGCAGAGACCCCUCGAGAGGAACUACUCGGACAUGGUCAACCUGAUGAAGCUUGAGGAGCAGCUCAGCCCAGCUUCCAGGGGCUACCCCUCCAGCUGUGCCCAUGAAGGGGACGAGGACACUACGUCGGUGGCCUCCGAACGUUCGGAUGAAGCUUUUGACAUGACUAAAGGCAACCUGUCUCUGCUGGAAAAGGCCAUUGCUCUCGAAUCCGAGCGUGCCAAGGUUAUGCGAGACAGAAUGGCAUCAGAACAGAUGGUGGCUCGGAGGGACAAUCAGCGCCUUCAUGGAGAGCACAGCCCAAGGCAAAGCAGUGGUGCAGAAGAACGCAAGGCCCGACUUCAUCACGAUGGCACAAAAAGAGCAUAUUACCCUAAAGACUCAAGGGGAGAAAAAAAAGAAAGCAAGUGUCCCACCCCGGGUUGUGAUGGCACCGGCCAUGUCACUGGACUGUAUCCACACCAUCGAAGCCUGUCUGGUUGCCCCCACAAAGACCGUGUUCCGCCAGAAAUUCUUGCAAUGUAUGAGAAUGUUCUAAAGUGCCCAACGCCUGGCUGCUCGGGACGCGGCCAUGUAAAUAGCAACAGGAACUCCCACCGCAGUCUCUCGGGAUGUCCCAUAGCCGCCGCUGAGAAGAUGACAAAAGUUCAGGAGAAACAGCCCGGCUGCGACAGCUCCAAGUCCAACCAGGCAUCAGACCGCGUCUUAAGGCCUAUGUGCUUCGUGAAACAGCUGGAGAUCCCACAGUUUGGGUACAAAAAUAAUGUUCCCACCAGCACUCCGAGAUCCAACCUGGCCAAGGAGCUGGAGAAGUACUCCAAGACAACCUUUGACUACGAUAACAGUUUUGACAACCAGUCUCAUGCCUACGGCAAGAGGUCCCUCAUCCCCAAGCACCACGGGCGAGACACAUCGCCCAAAGGAUAUGAUGCCAAGCGCUACUGUAAGACCUCGAGUCCGACCAGUAGCACCACGAGCAGCUACGCUCCCAGCAGCAGCAGCCUCAGCUGUGGAGGAGGCAGAGGAGGAGGAGGGGGAGGAAGCAGCGCCAGCAGCACAUGCAGCAAGAGCAGCUUCGAUUACACACACGACAUGGAAGCCGCCCACAUGGCCGCCACGGCCAUCCUCAAUCUGUCCACGCGCUGCAGAGAGAUGCCCCAGAGCCUUAGCGGGAAAGGCCCCGAGCUCCUGGUGCAGAGCCCAAAUGACCACGAUGGCGAUGAGAACGGAACCCUGGAUCUUUGCCGGGCUGGAGGCUUGGUAGAGGGUAGUGGGGGCACAGUUCUGACCCCCCUGCAGCCCAUGUCCCCCCAGCGGCAGGCCAUGCUCAACAGCCACUGCUACCAGAUGAGCACAGCAGACUGUUGGGACCUGCCUGUAGACUAUACCAAGAUCAAAAGGCUGGAUGAGGACCACAAGGAGGAUGACCUUGACCCCCUUCAGGAUCUGCUGGAGGACCAGCAGUAUUCAGGGGAAGUGGCUCUUCCCAGCCCCAAACACAAAUAUGCCCCCUGUAAGGAAAGCAAGAAAGAACUUCUCACGCUAUCAAGCUGCCAACUGGCUGACAAAGGCAUGCGUGGUAUGAUGACAUCCAACUCCCAGGAUCUGAAGUGUCCCACUCCCGGCUGUGAUGGCUCUGGACAUAUCACAGGCAACUACGCCUCUCACAGAAGUCUGUCAGGUUGUCCUCGGGCAAAGAAGAGUGGUAUUAAAAUAAUGCACAGUAAGGAGGACAAGGAUGACCAGGAGCCAAUCAGGUGUCCAGUGCCAGGCUGUGACGGCCAGGGUCAUGUGACAGGGAAGUACGCAUCUCACCGCAGCGCAUCCGGCUGCCCGCUGGCCGCCAAACGUCAGAAAGACGGUUAUGUGAACGGAGCGCCUUUCUCCUGGAAGUCUGGCAAGACAGACGGCAUGACCUGCCCCACUCCAGGGUGCGAUGGCUCGGGCCACGUCAGUGGCAGCUUUCUCACCCACCGGAGUCUUUCCGGCUGUCCCCGUGCCACGUCUGCUAUGAAGAAAGCCAGGAUGACAGGGGUUGAAAUGCUCACAAUCAAACAACGAGCAAGCAAAGGCAUAGAAAAUGAUGAGGAGAUCAAACAACUGGAUGAAGAAAUCAAAGACCUGAACGAAUCAAACAAUCAAGUAGAGUCAGAUAUGAUCAAAUUACGGACACAAAUCACCACAAUGGAGACCAACCUGAAGUCCAUUGAAGAUGAAAACAAAGCCAUCGAGCAGCAGAACGACUCGCUGCUACAUGAGCUCGCCAACCUCAGCCAGUCGCUUAUCAACAGUCUGGCCAAUAUCCAGCUCCCUCACAUGAAACCGAUGCCACUGAAAGAUGCCCCUGUUAAAAAUUACUGCUGUUUACAGAUGCCCCACAGAGAGCCGAUGAACGAGCAAAACUUUGACACGUAUGUGAGCACUUUGACAGAUAUGUACACUCACCAGGACCAGUACCAGAGCCCGGAGAACAAGGUCCUCCUGGAGAACAUAAAGCAGGCAGUGCAAGGCAUCCACGUUUAGCUUGCAGCAAACAUAAGGCUCAGCAAAUGACCAGGUAUUGGGGUCAUGUGAUCAGAGUUGGGAUGCAAAAACGAAACGGAUAAGAAUCAAAAGAAACCCAUCAUGUAAAAAGUAUGGAUAACUUGUAUGAUUUUUUUGCUGCUGUUCUUUAUUGUAUUAUUUGGCAUUAUUUAUUAUUCUGUUACGCUUUGGAGAAACGACAUAACUUAUUUGUUGCCUUGCUUUAAGAUGACGCUACCAAUGGCAAAUGUUUUGAGGAUCGUUCAUGUUUUGUAAAUUUUUUCAUAUGACCUGACAUAAUGUGAUGUACUGUUUAUAGCUGCUAAUGUAUGCACAUUUUAGUGUAUAUGUAUUUAUUAAUUGUAAACAAAAACCAUCCAUUAUUUUAAAUCCGAAAAAGGUGCAGAGGGGGUUACACUGAGGGAAUGUAAGGGCAAUCAGCUUCUUUUUACUGAACUAAUAGGAGCUACGUGCUGCGCAGGCUGUUCGAUGGAUGUACAGUGGUACAUUUUUUUGUGGUUCGACUUUGGCUACAUUUUGUAAAAAAAAAUAUUGAGAAACCAUGUCUUUUGGUUCUGAAAUCAUAUUUAUAGUGGUCAGUGUGGGCACUCUAAUGCAGUAUGCGUAUUGUUCCGUUUAUUUCAGCUUGUUUUUUAUUUUUUUUAUUCCCAACGUUGAUGGAAAAAAACAAUUUUUGUGAAUGCAAACAUCAUGACACGGAAACUCAAUGGUGUAAAUCCCAAGACCGAGAGAGAAAUAUUUCAUAAAGUGACACGUAUUUUCAAAAUCCAUUCGCUAAAUGUAAGGCCAAUACAGAAAAUUUCAAGGAGACAAUCCAACAUUAAUUAUGAAUUUAUUGAUCGUAAAAUGUUUAGUGGUAGUAUGAUAGAAUAUCAGCAAUAUAUGAUAACGAAUCAAUCAUUUAUUUAGAUAUGGGAUGCAAAAGUUUGGGUAUAUGCAAUUUCUUAUUCUUACCAUAGUAGAAAGCUAAUGAAUCUUUUUACUAAAUGUAAAGUAUUAAGUUUUAUAUAAAUCUUUUAAUACAGUCAUGUUUUAGGGUUUAAACCCGGGUGAUCAAGGCCUAAAGGAUGAAUGCAUUAUGGUUUAACAUUUCUCAUGUUCGAUUUUGCACAGGGACACCUUUGUUUCCAUGUUUUGGUGUUUUUAUUUCUUUUAGGAGACCAAGGAGGUGCCCAGAUGUUUGAAUUGUGGGAAGUUUUUUGAAGAAAGUAAAUCUGUGCGUGAACGUUAGUUUUAUCAGUGUGCUGGAUAUACAGGGUUAACGUCACCAUUCAUCCAUCAUUGUGUCAUAGUAAAGCAGCCACCCGUCUUGUAGAUUUUGUCCAAACAAUCGUGUAGAGUUUCAUCACAACUAAUACAAGUGUGUCACCAAUGCAAACUCAUCAUAUUACAUGACUACGACAGUGGAUUCCUAAUAUAGGCCUAUACAGUAUUGAGAGGUCGGCUUACCACGUGUGGUAAACUGCGAUUCAUGUUCAUUGCUUUUUUACGUUUAUGAGAAAUCAGUGGCACUUUAUGCUCUAAGAAUCGUGGAAAAACACAUUACGGAAGCUUUUUGAUAUAAACAAUGUGCGGUACGGGUCUAGAUUAUGUCAGCGUGUGGGAGAUUCCAAUCACUAUGGGAGGGGGGGGGGGGUCUACUGACACAAACAUUACUCCAUAAUAUAUUAAGAACAUGUACAGUUAUAGUCUGGAAACCCCAAGAUCAUCUGCAUUUAUUCAAAGCCCUUUCAAGCAUCAAGCAAAGUCACAUACAGGGCUGAUUUCAGUGGUGGAUUUUAAAGUUAUUUGUGUUUACCAAGCAUGACUCACAGUGAUUUUUAUAGUGUGAAAUGACUCUGGUUGAUGCUGGCUAUACAUGGGGCGUUCUUUCUAAUUUAUCUAUUAUUAAGGCUAGCAUUGUGUUUUCAGAGAGCUCAUGCAAAUGGUGCUGGUCACUCUUAUUUAUUGUUUUGUAAUAUCCAGACAUCUGCUCUCCCCAUGACACGGCAUUCAUCUCUGCAGAAGCUUUGUGUAUGCAGCUUAUUUCCAAGAUAGUAACGCUUUUAACACUGAUAGCAAAAUACAAUAUCCUCUCAUCCACUAUAUCAUCACCGAUUAGACAGAAAAGGGGAUUUUAAGCACAAUUCCGCUGCUCAUUUUCAGUUGGCACAUAUUGUACUAUCUACUUCAAAAGGUUAUCUGUGACUAUUUAAAUAGAAAACUAUCUAUGGUGUCACAUGCUUGAAUGCAGAAUACUUUUCUUAUUAAUAAUUGUGAAAUCAUCAGGUUACAAGUUUCCAUUUCAAAUGGAUUUUAAUUAACCAUUUUAAACCAGGAUUUUUCUAUUAAAAAAGAAAGAAAGAAACAUAGCUUUCUUAAUGUCUCUUGCUCUCUUCCUCUAUCCAGCUCUUUUUCUCUCUUAGUUCGUUUUUCAACCACAUGGCAUGAUUUCUGUUAAAAUGAUACUUUUUUUGCUCUAAGUGUUUAAGAUCACAAGUUGCCGUGAUAUUUCAUUUUGAAAUUGUGAACUUUGUACAAUUUUUAUCAUGCUGGUGUUGACAUCUCUUACUCAAUAAACUUGUGUUGCCACA